GUCACCAGCCGUACCAGAUGAUCCAAUAUGGUUGCACCCAGGAGUGUAAACACGUGUAUGUUUUAGUGACACUGUUGUACUGAAGCUUGUACAGCAGUCCGACCAUACCGGCGGGCAUUGCCUGAUUUUCGUAUGUGAGGCGAUUUGUUUUGCUAGCCGUCAUGUCCGUCAGAAACAACAACAAGCUGCCCACCAAUCUGCCGCAGCUGCAGAACCUCAUCAAGAGAGACUCGGAGUCUUACACGGAGGAGUUUUUACAACAGUAUAAUCACUACUUGUCCAAUGUCGAGAUCUUCAAGCUGCAGCCUGAUAAAUCCAACAAGGAGUUGUCUACAUUGGUCAUGUUCAUGGCACAGACUGCACAUUGUUAUCCACGUCAUCUUGAAAGCUUUCCCCAGCAGCUGAAAUCACUGCUCGUUUCACAUCACUCCGUGAUGGAUUCGGACCUACGAAUGACUUUGUGCAAAGCUCUGAUCUUGUUAAGGAACAAGGAUUUAAUAAGCCCCUCUACUAUUCUGGAGCUGUUCUUUGAACUUCUGAGGUGCCAUGACAAACUUCUUAGAAAGACAUUAUAUACUCAUAUUGUGACAGACAUAAAGAAUAUAAAUGCCAAACACAAGAACAACAAGGUUAACACGACCUUGCAAAACUUCAUGUAUACGAUGCUGAGAGACAGUAAUGUCAUAGCAGCAAAGAUUUCCCUAGAUGUCAUGGUUGAACUGUAUAGGAGAAAUAUCUGGAAUGAUGCCAAAACGGUCAAUGUAAUUACAACAGCCUGCUUCUCUAAAGUUACAAAGAUUCUUGUUGCGGCACUAAAAUUUUUUCUUGGAAAAGAUGAGGAUGAGAAAAAAGACAGCGAUUCCGAUUCAGAGAAUGAAGAUGGCCCCACGGCUAGAGACCUAAUAUUGAGAUACUCUACUGGGAAAAAAAAUACAAAGAGUAAGAAGAAGCUGGAGAAGGCAAUGAAAGUAUUGAAGAAACAUAAAAAGAAGAAAAAGCCAGAGAUCUUUAACUUCUCAGCCAUUCAUUUGGUACAUGAUCCCCAAGAUUUCUCUGAGAAGCUGUUGAAGCAGCUGGAAUCCUCAAAGGAAAGAUUUGAAGUGAAAAUGAUGCACAUGGACCUGAUUUCCAGACUGGUUGGGAUCCAUGAGCUUUUUCUCUUUAACUUUUAUCCAUUCAUACAAAGAUUUCUCCAGCCUCAUCAAAGGGAGGUAACAAAGAUUCUUUUGUUUGCUGCUCAAGCCACUCAUCAGUUAGUGCCUCCAGAGGUUGCACAGUCUGUGCUGAUGACAAUUGCUAAUAACUUUGUUACAGACCGAAACUCAGGAGAGGUUAUGACUGUUGGGUUAAAUGCCAUCAAAGAAUUGACUGCUCGAUGUCCAUUAGCGAUGACAGAAGAUUUGCUUCAAGAUCUCGCACAGUACAAGACACACAAAGAUAAAAAUGUCUCCAUGUCUGCCAGGUCAUUGAUACAGCUCUUCAGAUCAUUAAAUCCUAACAUGUUGCAGAAGAAAUUCCGGGGUAAACCAACAGAGGCCUCCACUGAAGCACGAAUUCAUGCGUAUGGAGAGUUGGUUGCAAAAGACUAUAUUCCAGGGGCAGAAGUUCUGGAAGUCGAAAAAGAAGAAAAUAAAAAUGAAGGCGAAGAUGAUGAUGGCUGGGAGAGUGCAAGUCUUAGUGAUGAUGAUGAGGAUGGAGAAUGGAUAGAUGUUCAUCAUUCCUCAGAUGAAGAACAUCAGGAAGUUGCAGAGAAAAUCCAAGCAAUGCCAGAGGAGGAAAGGAAAGUCAAGGCUUCCGCAGUCAGUGGAAGCAGAUUUCUCACCCAGGAAGAGUUUAAGAAGAUCCGGAUCGCUCAAAUGGCCAAAGAAAUUAAUGCAGCUCCAGGAAAAUCUGAAAAAAGGAAAAACAUUGAAAUUGACAGUAGUGAUGAUGAACGCAAGGGUGAGCUACUUUCCCUUCGAGAUAUUGAGCACCUGCAUAAGAAACCAAAAACUGACAAAGAAACAAGACUUGCGACAGUCCUGGCUGGCAGAACAGACCGAAAAGAAUUUGUAAGGAAAAGGACAAAAAUGAAUCCUCAUGCCAGUUCCACCAACAAGGAAAAGAAGAAGAAUAAAAACUUUAUGAUGAUGCGAUACAGCCAGAAUGUUCGAACCAAAGGCAAGCGUUCAUUCAGAGACAAGCAGAUUGCUUUGCGAGAUGCUCUUUUGAAGAAAAAGAAAAGGCUCAUGAAAUAAAUGCAGAAGGCGUAUAUCAGAGGCUUUAUUGAUCUACAUACAAAGAAACUGCAAUAUACACCAUAGUGUGUAUAUAUCAGAACAAAUACAAUUCCUGCAGAAUUUUGACGUGGAAUCAAAUUGAAUCCUAUGUUUUUGUGCAAAAAUGUAAAUUCAUUUUGAAAUCCUGACAAGACAAGUCAGAGUUAAGUGUAUAACCCUUUUGGUGAAAGCCGAAUGAAAAAUGUACACUGCAGACAGAUUAUAAUGCUAGUAUGUAAUCUCAUACAUUUUUUAAAUAUUCAGAAUUCAAUUCUCACCCUCUGAACUAUCAGAAAAAGAUACUUUCUAAUCUGACUGAAUGUUGUAAAAAGGAUCACUGUUCUUGAUAACAGAACAUUACAUAUCGCUUUAUUCAAAUAAAACAUUUUGUAAUAUUUCA